AUGGCUAUCGAUGUCCCUCGCCAAUACGUGCCUUUGACAUGCCACGGGCAUUCUCGCCCUGUGCCGCACAUUGGCUUCUCCAACCUGGAAAAGGAGGAGACGUACUACCUGAUCUCUGCCUGCAAAGAUGGUAAUCCUAUGCUUCGCGAUGGAGUCACUGGAGAUUGGAUCGGCACAUUCAUCGGCCACAAGGGAGCUGUUUGGCAGGCGAGACUGAGUCCCGACGCAUCGAAUGCUGCCACCGCCUCGGCCGACUUUACUGCCAAGAUCUGGGACACCCACACCGGCGAGAUACUCUACACCCUUCAGCACGACCACAUCGUUCGAGCCGUCGCAUACCCUCCCGACAACUCCGACCUCGUUGCCACUGGCGGCAUGGAAAAGAAGUUGCGCGUCUUUGACCUGUCUGAGCUCGCCGUCUCUAGCCCUGGCUCUGCAGUAACGAUUCCGGCGUCUGCUGGCUUUGAGAUUGGCGAAGGCAUUCAUACCGACUCGAUCAAAUUCAUCUGCUGGACCCAGGAUCCCAAUGUCAUCAUCACUGCGUCUGGAAAAACGCUUCGAUGGCUUGAUCUCCCGAGUCGCGCCUGCAUCCACGAAAAGGUGCUGGACGGCGAGAUCAAAUCCUGCGAGAUGAUUUCUCUGUGCCCCAGCGUCUCAUCGCCCAACGACAUCGGAGGGGGAAAGCCUGUACUCGCUGUGGCGGCUGGCAAGACGGCCUACUUCUGGGGCGAGGAGCGAGCCAUGACUGAACUCAAGCACAUUACUUUACCAAAUUCGAUCGCCAGUGUUGCUCUGGAUAUCAAGGGACGCAAGCUAGUCGUUGGAGAGGAGCCUGGCACCUGGGCCAAGGUUAUUCGCUACGACGACGAGGUGGAAUUGGAUACCCACAAGGGCCACCACGGCCCUAUCUGGUCUAUCGCCUUUUCGCCCGACGGCAAGCUGUACGCAACGGGGUCUGAGGACGGCACAAUCAAGAUGUGGAAGAACUGCGACGGAUUUUAUGGACUCUGGCGCGGUGCUGGCACGGAACGCUCAGGGGAAUAG